CCGUGACCCGUCGGACUCAUCCCCCGCUCCGGGACCGGCGAAUGCGCUGGGGGAAACUGAGGCACGGGCACUGCGCUUGGUACCGCGAGCCCUGCGCGGCUCUUGCCCGGUUCUGGCGGGCGGCGCGUCCCAACCGGAGCAGAGGGGACGGGGACCGGCUCUCCCCACGGGCUGGGGCUGGGGAAGGCCAUCGUUUCUUGAGGCUGGAGCAAGGAAACUGAGGCACCCUCCCCUGCCUCAGUUUCCCCUCUGCACCCCGGGUGUGCUGUGCGGGACAUCCCACUUGGGGGGUGGGCUUCAGAUCCUGCUCGUGCCCUCACCCAGCCCCGCAGGGACACCCCGCGUGGGUGAGGCCACCCCCCACUCCCACCCCAUGGCUUGGGGGUGGGGGGCAGUGGACGCGACCCCGCGGGAGCCCCGUUCCCCCCGGCUGCCGAGGGGCCGCGGGGAGGGAAAAUUCCGGUUGCCGUUGCCAUGGCUUCCCGGCCGGACCGAGGGGCCGGGGCGCGGGGUCCCCUCGGGGCUCACACCGGAGGGCUCCGGGCAGCGCCGCCGCCCGAACGGGAGCGCGGGGGCGGGCACGGGGGGGCUCCGGGCGGCGCCAGCCGCUGAACACGGUUUGGAGCCGGUGACGUCUGCUCCGGCAUCGCCGAGGGAGGAGAACGGGCGGCAGAGCGCGGGGCCGGCUCCGGGCAGCUCGGGGUCGCUGCCCGCCAUGCGCCCCCCGAGCCGGCCGGGGGAGCCGGCGGGGACCGGGGGGCUCCGCUGAGCCCCCUCAGCCAUGGGGCCGUGCCGGGGGGCGCCGCUCUGGGGCUUCCGCGCGGUGCUGCUGCAGGUCGCCGUGCUGGCGGCGGGGCAGCGCCCGCAGGAGAGACCCCCGCGGCCGGCGGGGUGGUCGCCGGCCCCCUCAUCCCCGUGGGCGCCCACGGCGGAGCCGGGAGCGGCGGGGGACAGCGAGGGCUCGGCGGCAGCGCUGGCGUUCCUGCGCACGGGCGAUGCCGAGCGCCUGGCCCGGGCCAACUGCAGCGGGGCUGUCGCCGCCGGUGCCCCCGGGCCCGGGCCACCCCCGGGGCUGCGGGCGGCCCUGCGAGCCGCCCCCGAGGCUCUGGCGCACGCCGCCAAUUUCCUCAACAUGCUCUUCCAGACCAACGACAUCCGCGAGGCCAGCGUGGCCGAGGACGUGGAGUGGUACCAGGCGCUGGUCCGCAGCCUGGCCGAGGGGCACCCUUGGGUGCGCAGGGCGGUGCUGGCCCUCGACGCCCACCCGCUGGCCCCCAAGCCGCGGCUGAUGCUGCAGGCCACCAAGGGGGACGGGCAGAUCCUGCUGCAGGACGUGUCCAACGCCGCUCCCAGCCUGGGCAACCUCAGCUGGGACCACGAGUGGUUCACCGGCCUGAAGGCGCAGCGGCUCCCGGCGCUCCGCAAGCGGCUGCUCAGCAACGACCUGCGCAGCCUGGAGACCCCCAAGUGGCAGCGGGGGGACAGCUACCUGGGGGACCCGGGCCACGUGCGGUGGUCGCCGCCCUUCCUGGAGUGCCGCGAGGGUCGCUUCGUGCCCACCUGGGCCGUCACGCUCUCCUCCGCCUUCUACGGGCUCAAGCCCGACCUCAGCCCCGAGUUCAAGGGGGUCGUGCGGGUGGACGUGGAGCUGCGGGACGUGGCCAUCGACCAGUGCUCCAGCGGGCCGGGCUGGUUCUCGGACACGCAUCGCUGUGACCUCAACAGCACCCAGUGUGUCCCCCAGGAGAGCCGCGGAUUUGUCCUCGGGAGGUACCUGUGCAGGUGCAAGCCGGGCUUUUACAGGGCCGGCGGGGCGGGCAGCGGUGCCCGGGCGGGUGUGGCAGGGACAGACGGGGGGUCCCGGCUGGGGUGCCGGCCGUGCCCUCCGGGCUGUGCCAGCUGCGAGGACGACGCGCCCUGCCUGGCGCAGGAGGACCGGGUGCUGCGGGCGGCGCUGCUGUCGUGCCAGGCCUGCUGCAUGCUGGCCAUCUUCCUCAGCAUGCUCGUGUCCUACCACUUCCGACGGAGCAAGAGGAUCCGGACAUCAGGAAUCAUCCUGCUGGAGACCAUCCUCUUCGGGUCCCUCCUCCUCUACUUCCCUGUGUUCAUCCUGUACUUCAAGCCCAGCGUCUUCCGCUGCAUCGUCCUGCGCUGGGUGCGGAUGCUCGGCUUCGCCAUCGUCUACGGCACCAUCACCCUCAAGCUCUACAGGGUGCUGGAGGUGUUCCUGUCCCGCACGGCGCGGCGCGCUCUCCCCGUGCCCGGCGGGCCCGCGCUGCGGCUGCUGGUGCCCAUCCUGCUGCCCCUGCUCUGGUUCCUGGCGGCCUGGACCGCGGGCGCGCUGCAGAACGCCCGCAGGAACAUCCCGCUGGUCAUCCCCGCCCAGACCGCCCGCGGCCUCCGCUUCUCCCGCUGCGGCCACGACUGCUGGGACUACAUGAUGGUCAUCGCCGAGAUGCUGUUCCUGCUGUGGGGCAGCUUCCUGUGCCACGCCACGCGCGCCGUGCCCUCGGCCUUCCACGAGCCCCGCUACCUGGGCAUCGCCCUGCACAACGAGCUCCUGCUCUCUGCCACCUUCCACCUGCUCAGGUUCCUGAUCGUCCCCUCGCUGCACCCGGACUGGACUCUGCUGCUCUUCUUCGCUCACACCCACGGCACCAUCACCAUCACCCUGGCCCUGCUCUUCAUUCCCAAGUUCCUGCCCUCGGGCUCGCCGCUGCGGGAGGAGAUCACGGCCGAGGUGUACGAGGACGAGCUGGACAUGCGGCGCUCGGGCUCCUGCAUGAACAGCAGCAUCGCGUCCGCCUGGAGCGAGCACAGUCUCGACCCCGAUGACAUUCGGGAGGAGCUGAAGAAGCUUUACCGACAGCUGGAGGUGCACAAGGCGUGGAGGAUGGCGACCAACAACCCGCACCUGGCCAAGGAGCGCCGCUCCCGCCGCAGCCUCGCCCGCUCCAUCCUGCGCCGCGGCGGGACCGAGAACAGCACCGGGGACCGGCCGGGGACCCCGGCCCGCCGCAGCUCCUCGGCCAAGCGGCUCGGGGAUGCCUCCGGGACCGGCCUGAGGAUGCGGGAGCAAAGCUCCCGGCGCCGCUCCUCAUCCCUGCGCAAGUCCCGCAGCUCCGAGGGACCCCCGCGGGAGCCCCGCCGAGGGUCGCCCACCCCCAGCCCGCCCGAGGAGCCUCCACCGGCGGCCGUGAUGGACUCGGAGCAAUCCGACAGCGACUCGCUGGACGCCGCCCCGCUCCUGUGCAAAUCGGCCAGCGCCCAAAACCUGGCGGGGCACUGGCAGCGACCCCCGGGCCGCCCCCCGCCUUUGCAGAAGUCCCACAGCGUUGUCACCGGGGCGCGGGAGGCGGCGCUGCUGGCCGCCCGUUACCGGUGGCACGACAGCCGCCACCUCUCCGCGCCGGCCCCGGGGGUCCCCAGCGCCACCGGCACCCCCCGGAGCCCCAGAGCCGAGAGGGGCUCGCAGGGCGAUGCCAAGGGACACCCACAUGUCACCUACGCGCCCGUCAAAAGCGUCAGCGCUGACAGCGCCCGCCCGGCCAGGACGGUGCGGGUGACCGUGAGGAAAACGCCACCUCCGCCCCCCGUCCGCUACCAGAGCCUGCAGCGCUCGGGGACGCUCGGGGACAGCCCGGAGCCAGCGCCGGGACCCCCGGCACGGGCGGGACAGGCGGAGGGGACAGCAGGACACGACCCCGAGCGCGCAUCCCCCCCGGCAGGGAAGGGCACCCCGACGGUCACCUCGGCACACGUCUGUCCCUGGGAGCUGGUCCAGGACGAGAUUCUGAGUAGGAAACAAAAAGCGGCCGAGGCAGCAGAGUCGGGGAGCGCCGGUGACACAGCGGCCACCGGCCCCGGCCCCAAGCCGCCCCCCGCGAGAAGUUUCCGCAGCCUGGGACUCGCCAUCAAAGCCCUCAACCGCUCCAGGGGGAAGAGCAUCCUGAAAGGGAGAAGCGAGGGGAGCCUCAGGAAGAGGGGCAGCAGCAGGAGGGAGAAGCCCGGCCUGGCAGAGGCCUCGGCCGUGUCCUUCGGGGGGCUCAGCCCAAAGCCCGCUGCCAAAAGCCCCGAGGGGAGCGGGCAGAGCCUGGAGGCCCUCCAGCACAACAACAACGCCGCCACCCCCGGGGAAGCCGCGGGCUGGGGGGACAGCGGGACGGGAGGACAGUGGGACAGCCUGGCCGCGGGGACAGGCGAUGGGGACAAAGCGGCAGAGGAGCCCAGCGCUGCCCGAGGGAGCGCGGGCACUGGUGGGCGUCUGGAGCCACCCAGCGCGGGCCACCAAGGAGAUGAAUGUCCCCCGGAGGUGGCGCGGGCACGGGAAAGGGACGAGGACGUUCCUGGGGUCACAGCGGAGGAAGGGACACUCGAUGAGCUCGAGGGGACCAGCGGGUCCUUCCAGCCCCGGGCCCACCCGGAGGAGGAGCAGCCGCCUGCGAAGCCCACCCCGAGCAGCGUGCGGGGCGCGGCGGGGCCGGAGCCGCGGGCUGGGCUCGGUCCGCCCGGCUCGCUCGGAAUGCCGGCAGGAAGGGGAGCCCUGCUGCGCCAGCAGGCCAUCGCUCCCCGGGAGGAUGCAGAGAGCCCGGAGAGCCCGGACAAGGCGCGGGGAGAGCGGAGCGGCCAGCCCGACUCCGAGAGGGUCCCCGGAACGGGCUGGAGCGGGGCUGGGAGAGCGCAGGGAGAGCUCAGUCCUGCGGGAACGCGGGGAGAGUCCAGCCCCAAAGCAGGAACCUGCCCGGGGAUGGGUGGCAGCGAGGGGGAUGCUCAGCGCUCUCCGGGCAUGGAAAAGCCACCAGAGCUGCCCAAAGCGGCCCCGGAGGAAGCGGAGGGCAGGAGGGCUGAGGUGUGCCCGUGGGAGAGCCGGGAACAGGGAGGUAGUGUCCCAGCAGAAAUCUGCCCCUGGGACACAGCAGGGGCUCUGCCAGAGCAGGGAUCCCCCAAAUCUGGAGGAGGGGUGGAGCAGCCUGGGAUGGGGCUGGCAGGGAAACCCCCAGCUCUGCCCAAAGCCUCAUCCCAGCGGGCUGGAACCACGGAGAGCAAAAAUGCCAACAUCUGUCCCUGGGAGGCGGAGGGUGAGCCGCGCCCAAAACCAGAGAUCUGCCCCUGGGAAGAGGCUGCAGCUCCGUCGGGGAAGGAAAGAUCGAGGCAGGACAUGCAUGGCACUUCCAAAGGGGAAGGAAAAAUGGGAGCCAGAGCACCGGAGAAAGGAAAGCAGCACCCAGCCAAAUCCCUGCCCAAAUCUCCUUCAGGGAGAUCCCAGAGCUCGGAGAAGGCAGAGAUCUGUCCCUGGGAGAGUCAGGACCUUAAAUCCAGUGACAAGGCUGAAAUCUGUCCCUGGGAGGUGGCAACACCUCAGCUGGAGAAAGGAACAGCCCCAGGAAAGGAGAAACUCCCAGCAAAAGCAACAACCAAAGCUCUGGAGAAGGGCAGCAGAGAGAGGGAAUCGAUCUGUCCCUGGGAGAGCCCAGACACAGAGCUGCCCCCUGCCAAACCCCAAACUGGGAGCUCAGCACUGCCCAAAGGAGCUCCAGGGAAAUCCCAGAGCUCGGAGAAGGCAGAGAUCUGUCCCUGGGAGGUUGAAUCCAGCAGUAAAGCCGAGAUCUGUCCCUGGGAAGUGGCUGAAGCUCCCUGCCAGCAGCCAAAGGCAAAGCAGGUCCCUGCUGGGGGCACCAAGGGGGACAAGCGCAUCUCGCGCCAGGCAGCGCUGGCCAGCCCGGAGAGAUCCCUGGGCAGCAGAGACCGAGUGUCCGUCUGUCCUUGGGAGAGCCUGGAAACAGAGCAGCCUCCAAGCAAACCCCAACCUGGGAGCUCAGCACUGCCCAAAGCUCCUUCAGGGACACCCCAGAGCUCAGAGAAGGCAGAGAUCUGUCCUUGGGAGAGUCAGGACCUUAAAUCCAGUGACAAAGCUGAAAUCUGUCCCUGGGAGAGUCAGGGCUCUAAAUCCAGUGACAAAGCUGAAAUCUGUCCCUGGGAAGUGGCAACACCUCAGCUGGAGAAAGGAACAGCCCCAGGUAAGGAGAAACUCCCAUCAAGAGAAGCCUCUAAAGUUCUGGAGAAGGGAAACAGAGACCGAGAGUCCAUCUGUCCAUGGGAGAGCCCAGACACGGAGCAGCCUCUGGCCAAACCCCAAACUGGGAGCUCAGCACUGCCCAAAGGAGCUCCAGGGACAUCCCAGAGCUCAGAGAAGGCAGAGAUCUGUCCUUGGGAGAGUCAGGACCUUAAAUCCAGUGACAAAGCUGAAAUCUGUCCCUGGGAGGUGGCUGCACCUCAGCUGGAGAAAGGAACAGCCCCAAGUAAGGAGAAACUCCCAGGAAAAGCAACAACCAAAGCUCUGCAGAAGGGCAGCAGAGAGAGGGAAUCGAUCUGUCCCUGGGAGAGCCCAGACACAGAGCUGCCCCCUGCCAAACCCCAAACUGGGAGCUCAGCACUGCCCAAAGCUCCUUCAGGGACAUCCCAGAGCUCAGAGAAGGCAGAGAUCUGUCCUUGGGAGAGUCAGGACCUUAAAUCCAGUGACAAAGCUGAAAUCUGUCCCUGGGAGGUGGCUGAACCUCAGCUGGAGAAAGGAAGAGCCCCAAGUAAGGAGAAACUCCCAUCAAGAGAAGCCUCCAAAGCUGUGGAGAAGGGGAGCAGAGACCGAGAGUCCGUCUGUCCAUGGGAGAGCCCGGACACGGAGGAACUGUCCCCGAAAUCGGCAGUGGGGAAGGAGCCAUCCAACAAAUCCGACAGCACAGAGAGCAGGAGAUCUGCAAUCCGCCCCUGGGAAGCAGCAGAGCCCAUUGGGUUGGAGGAGGAAAUCUCCCAGCCAGAUGUGCAGGCACAGGUAGCCCCAAGAGCUUCCCCUGCAGGGGUGGGACGGCUGGGUGCCAGCGCUGUGUCUCCAACACUUCUGGAAAAAUCCAGGGGCACAUCCCACGGGGAAGCCGAGCACAAGCCCCUGUGCCGACUCCUGCCCGGCAUCCAGCACCCAGGGGUGGGCAGCAGCCCCAGUCCCGGCGCUGGCCUGGCCGAGGUUUGUCCUUGGGAAGCUGCAGAGGCUCCAGCGGCACCGGCCAAGCCCAGUUUGGACAUGAGGAAAAGCUCUGAGGUGUGUCCGUGGGAGGAGGAGAGCACGGAUCCCUCCCGGACCUGCCCUGGGCAGGGCAGAGCCCGGGAUGGGGGUGGGGUGUGAGUGGAUCCCAACACCAGUGGCUCCA